CUCGUUAGCUACAGCAGCUCCGACUUUUUCGCCGACGCGGCCAACGGCUCGCUCACUUUAGUGGUGGACGUCGACGGCGACACGACCGGCGGCACGUCGUACCCUCGCACCGAGCUGCGAGAGCUGUUCGAGUGGAGCCUGAUCGAGGGGCACCACGCGCUGGCGGCGACGCUGGCGGUGGAGCGGCUGAUGAAUGGCACCAAGGAGUCCGUCGUCGUCGCGCAGGUCAAGGACUCGGCGGGGAACCCGCCGCUGCUCAAGGUGCGAGCCAAGGUACACGGCUCGACAAGGCCAAAGUUCCGGCUCGAGGCGCGCGUCAAGUACCACCAGGAGUCCGACGGCGCGGUCAAGGAGCUCGGCCUCGCCUUCGACCAUCUCUUUGAGUUGGGCGAUCCGAUCGAGCUGCUCGUGGUCGUGAAGCAGCUGACGGUCGAGGUGACGGCUGCGGCGGUGGGUGGGGUGGCGCAGACGGUGUCGCACGACUACAGCGGCGUGCGCCCGUUCAACGAGACGCUGCAGGACGUCUUCCACUUCAAGGCGGGGGUCUACGCUCAGAGCAACCUCGCGAGUUCCUCUCCGGGGCAGCAGUGCAUCGCCACCUUCCGUAGCCUGACGGACUCGAGCCUUUUCGACAAGCAGGCGCCCGUGAGCGACCUGUCAUACGCCGACAGCACGACGGGACGGCCGUGGGCCGAGUGCGGCCAAUACACAACCCAAUGGUGGGGCGUCGACCUCGGGAGCGAGGUGUAUGUGCGCUACGUGCGGCUGCAGAACCGCAACGACUGCUGCGCGGAGCGGCUGACGGACGUCGACAUCUAUCUCGGCUCGACGGCGGAGACGUACACGGGCAACGCGCUGGUGAAGUCGGACGUGAGCGUGUUGUCGAACGUGAUGUUGGAGGUGGAGAUCAACGCGUUGGGGCGCUACAUCUACCUCAACCGGCCGUCUGCGGCGGGGCUGACGGUGUGCAAGUUCUAC